CGCUGUGGCCCCGCCCUGUCGCGAAUGGUGGCCGGCGCCCCGGGCGCGGUGCGGUGCCCCGGAGCCGCCGAGCACCCAGGAGUGUGGUCUGGAAGCGGGGUGUGCCUGGUUCCUGCAGCACCAAAUGCGAGACAGGCAGCCACAGCCCACAGGAGUUGAGAGUCGGCGUCUCUGGCUGUAAACAGCAGCUCAGCACUGGUUGCUAAAUGGCCUCAGGUAUGGAUGGGAAGAAAUGCAGCGUGUGGAUGUUUUUACCUCUUGUCUUCACCCUGUUUACAUCAGCUGGAUUAUGGAUAGUGUACUUUAUAGCAGUGGAAGAUAACAAAAUUCUCCCACUAAGUGUACCAGAUAGGAAACCUGGUCCCAAAAGACCGCCUUAUAUAAGUAUUGCAGGUGAUGCACCUCCUGCAAGCUGUGUGUUUAGUCAAGUCAUGAACAUGGCAGCAUUUCUAGCGCUUGUUGUGGCUGUCCUGCGCUUCAUCCAGCUGAAGCCCAAGGUGCUCACCCCGUGGCUGAACAUCAGUGGCUUGGUGGCUCUGUGCUUGGCCUCUUUUGGGAUGACCCUGCUCGGCAACUUUCAGCUCUCCAAUGAUGAGGAGAUCCACAACGUGGGCACAUCUCUGACCUUUGGCUUUGGGACACUGGCAUGCUGGAUCCAGUCUGCCCUCACCCUCAAGAUCAACCUGAAGAACGAGGGGCGGAAAGCUGGGAUUCCACGAGUGGCUCUGUCAGCCAGCAUCACCCUCUGCGUGGUGCUCUAUUUCAUCCUUAUGGCCCAGGGCAUUCACAUGUAUGCUUCCAGGAUCCAGUGGGGCCUAGUGAUGUGCUUCCUGUGCUACUUUGGCACCUUUGCAGUGGAGUUCAGGCAUUACAGAUUUGAGAUAAUUUGUUCUGAGUACCAGGAAAACUUUCUGAGCUUUUCUGAAAGCUUAUCAGAAGCCUCUGAGUACCAGACAGAUCAGGUGUAGCCUGUCCUCUGGCAGGGGGGGAGGGGGGCAGGUGGGGUCUCAUGGGUGAAACAUGACCUCAUUUACACUUUUUUAAUGAGUUUCUUUCCAUGUGCAAUCAUGAUGGCAUUGCCAAAGGGCUCUGAGGGUGGCUGUUUCACUAAGAGCCAAACAAACAGAGGUGUUUGCUGCAAGAGGAGUGGAUCCAUCUCAAUGGCAGCAUGAGA